UGUUCUUUCAGCAGAGUGGCUUCGAGUUCAGUGAAGAUGGCUGCCAUAAAGAUACCCCCAAAUAAAUACAGAGACGCAAUUGAUCAAGUUAUAGCUUACAAUUCAAAAAUCUUGUUAGAAAGAAGACUGCGAUAUCCAUACAUUGAUGGCCAAACCGGGGUAGCACAACAAGACUGCAACCUUUGGGUUAGCCGGGUGGCCAGAAGUGCUCCUGUCAGACAAGGCCAAAUAUGCAGUUACCCGACUAGAAGGUGGAGGGUUCGCAAGAGACCAGACUUUGAUAAGUUGAGCAGAACAAGGAUGAAACAAGAAUCUCAAGCAAAAGCAAAAAUAUCGUCGGUUUCAAUGGACUCAUUCGAGCCAGGAUUAGAUGAAACAAGCAUGUCAAGUACUAUUAGUGAGAAAUUACAGAGAAAUGAAUCUGAACCACCAGAGCCAGCACCACUACCAAAGCCAGAGGUAGCAAAGGCUUCAUACGAUUAUGAAGAGCAAGAAGAUGAGGCUAUGUCAGAUUACAACAUCAGUGAUGAUGAGUUUACACCAUCAAAACGAAGGAAAAGAAAGGAUGCAUCUAUCAAGAGGGGUAAGAAAAAUGCACUAGCUUGGAAAUUAGCUGAUAAAGUAAGGAAUCUCACAAGAGAGGAAGUAAACAGUAUGGGGCCAGAAGAAAGGAAAAAGCCAUACAUGUGUGAAAUUUGUUUCAAACGCUACAAAAACACACAAGGUAUAAGGUAUCAUUACCAACAUUAUGACCAUGAUGCUGAAGAUUCACAACCUCAGGCAGAAGGUGCUGAAAUGCCAAACCCAGAAAAGAAAGAAGUAGAUCCAUCCAAAGCAGACAUUGAAUCAAGUGCGUAUUGUGACUUCUGUCUUGGUGAUGCAAGGGAAAAUAAAAAAACUGGUACCAAAGAAGAGCUGAUUUCAUGUUCUGAUUGUGGAAGAUCAGGGCACCCAUCAUGCCUGCAGUUUACAGACAAGCUGAUCAUUGAAGUGAAAAAAUAUAAGUGGCAAUGCAUUGAAUGCAAGUCUUGCUCUUUGUGUGGGACCUCAGAUAAUGAUGAUCAACUGCUUUUCUGUGAUGAAUGUGACAGAGGCUAUCAUAUGUACUGCCUUACUCCAAAGAUGUCAGAACCUCCAGAGGGACAUUGGUGUUGCAAACUAUGUGAAGAGAGGAUGAAAGCUGCUGGUGAAUACCCACCUGAAAAUUAAGAUGCAAGGAAAUUAAAUGCUUCUGAAUGUUUGGAAACAUGCGAAUGCAGUUGGAAAAUAUUGUUCAUUUAAUUUUGCAAAGCAGACAAUAUAUCUAAAAAGAAAUUACAAAAAACAUUAUCUAGUCAAUAUAUUUGGUAAAUCAAUAAUUUUUUUAAAUAGAUAAAGAUAGUAGCCACCAAAAAUGUAUCUUCUUUUAUCAAAAUAUUCAUGAAAUGAUUCUCUUCAGAAUA